AUGGCUACAUUAAAGUUUAGCCGGCUACUAAAACAACAUCAUGCAACUAGAAAUAAAUAUGAGAGUAAACCUAUACAACAAGUUUACUCCAACACCAUCUACCCCCCUGAAAAACAAACUCAGAAAAAAAAUUAUGGCGGAAAGAAAAGAGGGAAAUUAAUCCGGGAUAACGCGGGGAAGCAUACAGCCGCCGCCCCGAUUCCGGCGCCAAGAGCUCAGGCCGCCCCGGCAAUGGCCCCCGCCGCCGCCCGCCCCACCACCACCGACCUCUUCUCGCGCCUCUCCUUCCGCCGCGCCGUAUCCCCCUCUCACUUCCGGCUCCCCUCAACACCGGCCCCUGCGCCCCGCCUCCAGGCCGCUACCGCCACCAUCGUCGCCCUUCACAAGCGCAACCCCAAGCGCCUCAAGUACGACUCCCAGCGCCAGUUCACGAGAGGGGAUGGCGGGAUGCUGCGGGUGAAGGUGGAGCCCUCCGGCGAGGACUUCUGGAAGCUGGACCCUAUCGUCGACCUCAUCAACCGCGGCGCCGUCGGCGUUAUCCCUACCGACACCGUCUACUCAAUUGUCUGUGAUCUGAGUAACAAUGACUCUAUCGAGCGCCUUCGGAGAAUCAAAGGGAUUGUAAAUUCAAAGCCUCUCAGCAUCCUGUGUCGCUCGUUGCGAGACAUUGAUACCUACACGACAGGAUUUCCUCUAGGAACCAACCAAGGGCAAGCUAACAUUUUCCGUGCUGUCAAGCGUGUGUUACCAGGGCCUUACACCUUUAUUUUACCUGCAACCAAGGAAUUGCCAAAGCAAUGUAUCAAGCAUGGGUCAUCUACUAGGUAUGCGAAAAGGAGGCAGGUUGGUGUUCGAAUCCCAGAUGAUUCCAUAUGUCAAGCAAUACUGCAAAAUCUGGAAGAACCAUUGAUCUGCACAAGUGUUAAAUAUCUGUCAGAGGAUGAAUGGAUACUUGAUCCAGUAACCAUUGCUGAUAUUUAUGAGCCACAGGGCCUCGAUUUCAUUGUUGAUGGUGGAGUCAGAAUUGCUGACCCAUCUACUGUUGUCGACAUGGCUGGAAGCUAUCCUACCAUUAUCCGUCAGGGAAAGGGUCCAAAGCUUGAUUGGAUGGUAGCAGAAGACCAAGACGCCCAAUCAACCUAUUCUUAUAAAGCAGCUUGAAAACCGUUGCAUGCCCUGCUGACCUACGGUAUGAGUUAUAACCAGGGGAGCUGUGCUCGUGCCAGUUUCCUCUAACCGUCGAGAAGAAAACGGCUAAUGCCUUUUUCAUAUAGCAGUUUAAGACCUUUCACUGAAGUCUGGUAUUUGACCGCAUAUAAUGUACGUAGUGACCGACUCUAGGACAAGCCUAUAUCAUGUAAAUAUGCAAGGCAACGUAGUCCCGAGUUUGCUAGCAACAUUCACUGAAUCCCCGCAACUUUGGUUUUCACAUUGGUGCAUUUGUGUGAGAAAUCAAGAUACCAUUGUUUUUUCUUUUCUUUGAAAUUGACCGUUCUUGGUUGA